CUCUCGGGUCCUAGAGUCCGUCGUGUUCCAACAGUUUUUGCUCUUACUCCUGCGGGGUGCUUGGGCCUCAUACCCCUGAGACUUGGAGCAGCCCCUGGGGUCUUGGGUGUGCGGCGUGGAUCACGCGAGGCCCCUGAGGUGCUAUCUGGAUUGAGAAUCCACUGAAGACCUCAGAUCAUCUAACCUGUAAGCCAUAGACAUCUUAGGCAAUUUUAAUUAUCAAGAAAGAAAUAUGUCAUUAAGAAACAGUGGGACAUUUUGAAAGAGUUGGAAAACAUCAUGAAUUUGAAUGCUUCAAGUAAUGGCGCUGGUGACACCCAAAGAAGGAAAGAAAAAAAAAGGAGUGAAGGAGAGGAAGAAAGAGGAAGAAGAAGAGGGAGAGAGAACGGAAGUGUUGCUUUAUUCUAAAAAAAAUGGGUUGAAGAAUGCCUCAUCGGAUGUAAAACAAAUACUUAAAAUUGAAACAGAGUUGGAUAUUACUGCUGAUCUCAGAAAGAAACUCAAUCGGGCUAAAAAGGAAAAAUUAGAAAUAACAACAAAGCACAAUGCAGAGCUGGCAUGCUUUGAGAGCCAGAUUGCCAAGCUACGGUCCGAGGUUGAAAAAGGAGAAGCGUUGCGACAAAGUCUGGAGUAUGACCUAGCUGUUGCUAGAAAGGAAGCUGGUCUUGGAAGACGGGCUGCUGAAGAAAGAUUAGCUGAGGCACAUAGGAUCCAAGAAAAACUCUACGCACAGAAUUCAGAACUUCAAGCAAAGGCAAAUGAGAUUGAGAAAGAGUUUCAGACUUCUCAGCAAAAAUGGAAAGAAGAAUGCAGACGAUUUGAACAUGAUUUGGAGGAAAGAGACAAUAUGAUCCAAAAUUACAAUCGAGAAUAUGAUCUACUUAUGAAAGAAAAAAGCAGACUAGAGAAAACUCUACAGGAAGCGUUGGAAAAACAUCAACAGGAGAAGAGUGAGAUGGAAUCUCGUAUCAGGGAAACAACAUUGGAAGAGUUUAGAUUACAAGCUGAACAAUGGGAAGCAGAAAGAAGAGAAUUACAAUUUAUAGUACAGGAGCAAGAUACUGCUGUGCAAAAUAUGCAUAAGAAAGUAGAAAAAUUAGAAACAGAACAUAUGGACUGCUCUGACCUUCUACAGCGACAAACAAACGAACUUGAAUUUAGCACUCAACGAGAGGAACUCCUUAGAAAAGAAUUUGAGGCAACUACUCUAAGAGUGAGGAAAUUAGAAGAAAACAUUGAAGCAGAAAGAGCAGCACAUUUGGAAUCAAAAUUUAAUUCUGAAAUUAUUCAGUUAAGGAUUCGAGACCUUGAAGGAGCUUUGCAAGUAGAAAAGGCCAGUCAAGCAGAGGCUGUUGCUGAUUUGGAAAUGAUCAAGAAUGAAUUCAAAGAAGUUGAAAGUGCAUAUGAGCGAGAAAAGCAUAAUGCACAAGAGAGCUUGGCAAAACUAAAUUUAUUAGAAAGAGAGUAUUUCUCCAAAAACAAGAAACUAAACGAAGAGAUCGAGGAACAGAAGAAAGUCAUUAUAGACCUUUCAAAGAGACUCCAGUACAAUGAAAAAAGUUGCAGUGAAUUACAGGAAGAACUAGUUAUGGCUAAGAAGCACCAGGCCUUCCUAGUAGAGACAUGUGAAAAUAAUGUGAAAGAAUUGGAAUCGAUCUUGGACAGCUUUACUGUGUCGGGCCAGUGGACAUCAGGCAUCCACAAGGACAAAGAUAAACCUCCCAGCUUCUCUGUUGUCCUUGAGAUGUUGAGGUGUACCUUGACAGAUUACCAGAACAAGCUGGAAGAUGCAUCUAAUGAGCUAAACAGCAUGAAUGAUGCUAAGGAAAAGGCAUGUAAUGAACUUGAUUCUACGAAACAGAAGAUAGACUCUCACACUAAAAAUAUAAAGGAACUUCAGGAUAAACUGGCUGAUGUCAAUAAAGAGUUAAGUCAUUUACACACUAAAUGUGCAGACCGAGAGGCUUUAAUAAACACUUUAAAAGUGGAACUACAAAAUGUGCUACACUGUUGGGAGAAAGAAAAGGCUCGAGCAGUCCAGUCCGAAAGUGAACUGCAGAAGAUUUCCCAGGCUUUUCAUAAGGAUGCUGAGGAUAAGCUAACCUUCCUUCACACCUUGUAUCAGCACUUGGUAGCAGGCUGUGUGCUCAUAAAACAACCAGAAGGCAUGCUGGAUAAAUUCUCUUGGUCUGAGCUUUGUGCAGUCUUGCAGGAGAAUGUUGAUGCCCUGAUUGCAGACCUCAACAGGGCUAAUGAGAAGAUAAGCCAUUUAGAGUAUAUCUGUAAAAACAAGUCGGACACAAUGAGAGAGCUUCAGCAGACUCAGGAAGACACCUUUACCAAAGUGGCAGAACAGAUCAAAGCCCAAGAGAGCUGCUGGCACAAACAAAAGAAGGAACUGGAGCUGCAGUAUUCUGAACUCCUCCUGGAGGUGCAGAAGAGGGCACAGACAUUUCAAGAAAUUGCUGAAAAAAAUAUGGAAAAAUUGAACCAUAUUGAGAAGUCGCAUGAACAGUUGGUUCUUGAAAAUUCGCACUUCAAAAAACUGUUAUCACAGACUCAAAGGGAACAGACAUCCUUGCUGGCAGCCUGUGCAUUGAUGGCUGGUGCCUUAUAUCCCCUCUAUAGCCGAUCAUGUGCCUUAUCUACACAGAGAGAUUUUCUCCAGGAGCAGGUCAAGACCUUUGAAUUGUUCAAAUUGGAAAUUAGAACUCUAGCCCAGGCUUUGUCAACUGUAGAGGAAAAGAAGCAAGAGGAAGCCAAGAUGAAAAAAAAAACAUUCAAAGGAUUGAUACGUAUAUUCCGGAAAGGUGUUAUUGCAAUUUUGGCAGCAAACAGACUCAAGAUUUUGGGCCAAUCAUGUGCCUCUCUAUUUACCUGGAUGGAGAGUUUCAAAGAAGGCAUAGGCAUGUUAGUAUGUUCAGGAGAGCCCAAAGACAAGCAUAAAUUUCCAAAACAUCAAAAGGAGCAGUUGCGUUGUUUACAAGCACUCAGUUGGCUCACCAGUUCUGACCUUCUUGCUGCAAUAAUCAGCUCUAUGGCUGAAUUGCAAGAAGUCAUUGGUAAAACAGAUCCAAAUUCCAGAAUUUGUGGACAUUUACUCAUAGGUGCAGCCAAGAAUUCUUUUGCAAAACUCAUGGAAAAAAUUAGUCUGGUAAUGGAAUGUAUACCUCUGCACAGUAGCAGGAGUAUUACAUAUGUAGAAAAAGAUUCUCUGGUUCAGAGGCUGGCCCAUGGACUUCAUAAAGUAAACACCCUGGCCCUAAAAUAUGGUUUGUGUGGCCAUGUGCCCAUUAUGAAAGGCACAGCAUCAUUGCACAAACAAAUAUUUGGAUUUACACAAAGACUGCAUGCUGCAGAAGUAGAGCGCCGCUCACUACGCUUAGAGGUCACAGAAUUCAAACGAAGUGUGAAUGAAAUGAAAAAGGAGCUUGACAAAGCCCACGGUCUCCAAAUGCAGUUAAAUGAAUUUAAGCAGUCUAAAUUGAUCACCCAUGAGAAGUUUGAACGUGCGUGUGAAGAGCUAAAUAAUGCAUUACUUCGGGAACAGCAGGCACAAAUGCUAUUGAAUGAGCAGGCACAACAACUACAGGAAUUGAAUUACAGACUUGAAUUGCACUCCAGUGAGGAAGCUGACAAAAACCAAACUCUUGGAGAAGCUGUUAAGGUGACUCUGCCUUCCUGUGGCUCCAAACCUCGGUCAGAAGGGGAACCAGUCUUGUUUACUCUGUGCCGAGAGCUGCCACGCCGAGGUGCCAUCACAGCUGCUGCGCCAGCCUCAGGAGUCAUGCUGGGACCCGUGUGGCUCCUCCAAACCUUGGUCGGAAGGGGCGCCAGCCCUGUUUACUCUGCUUUGAGAGCUGCCGCGCCGAGGUGCUGGCGAAACCACUGCGCUGGCCACAAGAGUCGUGCUGUCGACCCAUGUGACUCCUCCACUGCGGUUCUUCUGCUCCGUGAGCGACCAGAAUUUGUCUGAGAGUGUGGCGUCAUCUAGUUCUCUGCGCUUCCACUGAGAGCUGCAAUCCCGAGAUAUUAGCAAUCGGCCAUCUUGGAUUGUUCAGCUCUUAUUGUUACAUCGAUCCUUUUAUCAUUAUGUAAUAUUCUUCCUUUUCUCUUUUGAUCUUUGUUGGUUUAAAGUCUGUUUUAUCAGAGAUGAGAAUUUCAACUUCUGCUUGUUUUUGCUCUCCAUUUGCUUGGUAAAUAUUCCUCUAUUCCUUUAUUUUGAGCCUUUGUGUAACCUUGACUAUGAGAUGGGUUUCCUGAAUACAGUACACCAAUGGGUUUUGGCUUCUUAUCCAAUUUGCCAGUCUGUGUGUUUUGAUUGGGGCAUUUAGCUUAUUUACAUUUAGGGUCAUACUGUUAUGUGUGAAUUUGAUACUGCCAUUUUGAUGCUAGCUGGCUGUUUUGCUCAUUAGUUGCUGCAGUUUCUUCAUUGUGUUGAUGCUCUUUACCAUUUCGCAUGUUUUUGGAGAGGCUGGUAGUGGUUGUUCCUUACUAUGUUUAGUGCUUCUUUCAGGAGCUCUUGUAAAGCAGGCCUAGUGGUGAUGAAAUCUUUGAGUACUUGCUUGUUCAUAAAGGAUUUUAUUUCUCCUUCACUUAUGAAGCUUAGUUUGGCUGGAUAUGAAAUUCUGAGUUGAAAGUUCUUUUUUUUAAGGAUGAUGAAUAUUGGCUCCACUCUUUUCUGGCUUGCAGAGUUUCUGCUGAGAGAUCUGCUGUGAGUCUGAUGGGCUUUUCUUUGUGGGUAAUUUGACCUUGCUCUCUGGCUUCCCUUAGCAUUUUCUUCUUCAUUUCAACCCUGGCAAAUCUGAUGAUUAUGUGCCUUGGGGUUAAUCUUCUUGAGGAAUAGUUUUGUAAUGUUCUCUGUAUUUCUUGGACUUGAAUAUUGACCAGCCUUGCUAGGUUGGAGAAGUUUUCCUGGAAAAUAUCCUGAAGAGUAUUUUUCAGCUUGGAUUCAUUUUCCCUGUCACAUUCAGAUAAACCUAUUUAACAUAGAUUAGGUCUUUUCACAUAGUCCCAUAUUUCUUGGAGACUUUGUUCAUUUCUUUUUACGCUUUUUUCUCUAAUCUUGCCUUCUCGUUUUAUUUCAUUGAGUUGAUCUUUUACCUCUGAUCCUUUCUUCUGCUUGGUUGAUUCAGCUGUUGAAACUUGUGUAUGCUUUACGAAGUUUUCAAGUAGUGUUUUUCAGCUCCAUCAAUUCACUUAUAUUCCUCUCUGAGUUGUUUAAUCUCGUUAGCAUUUUGUCAAAUGUUUUUUCAAGGUUCUUAGUUUCUUUGCAUUGGGUUAGAACAUGUUCUUUUAGCUCAGUGAAGUUUCUUAUUACCCACCUUCUGAAGCCUGUUUCUGUGAAUUCAUCAUACUUAUUCUCCAUUCAGCCUUGUUCCCUUGCUGGUGAGGAAUUGUGAUCCCUUGUAGGAGGGAGAGGCCUUCUGCUUUCGGGUGUUUUCAUUCUUUUUGUGCUGGUUUCUUUUCAUCUUUGUGGAUUUAUCUACCUGUCGUUUUUGUAGUUGUUGGCUUUCAGAUUGGGUCUCUGAGUGGAUGUCCAGUUUGUUGAUGAUGAAGUUAUUUCUUUCUGUUUCUUAUUGUUCCUUCUAACAUUCAGGUCCCUCUGCUGUAGGACUGCUGAGGUCCACUCAGGCCCUGCUUGCCUGGGGAUUAUUUGUAUUGGCUGCAGAACAGUAAGGGUUGCUUCCAGUUACUUCUGCUGUCUUAGUCCCAGAAGGAUACCUGCCAGAUGUCAGUCUGAGCUCUCCUUUAUGAGGUGACUCUUUGGAUAUAUGCCGGUCAGGGACCUGCUUGAGGAGACAGUCUGUCUUUUAUAGGUGCUCAAGUGCUGAGCUGUGAGCUCUUGUUCAUUCACAGCUGCUGGGCAGGUACAUUUAAGUCUGCUGCAGCAGAACUCAUAAACUCCCCCCUUCUUUUUUUACCCCAGGUGCUCUGUCCCAGGAAUGUAGGGCUUUAUUUAUAAGUUUCUGUCAUGCUGCUGCCUUUUUUCAGGGCUGCCCUGCCCAGUGAGGAGGCAGCCUAGUCAGUGUCUGCCUGCAAAGGCUUUGCUGAGCUACUGUGGGCCCCCCGCCACAGCUGCCAUGUGAACUUCCCUGCAGUCCUGUUUAUAUGGGUAUAGUUAGAACUGCCUUGGCAGUGGUGGCCUACCUCUGUAAUUGUCAGCUGCCUCAGUAAUGGUGGGCUGCCUUAGCAAUGGUGGAUUAGCUCUAUAGUGGUGGACUGCCUCAGUAAUGGCAGAUGCCCCUCCCCCACAGAGCUGGACCCUCCUGGGUUCAGCUGUGCUUGCUGUGAAACUGUCAAUUCAGAGUGUUUCAGAUUGCUGUUUUUUUGUGGUGUGGGACCAGCUGAGCCUGAUCACCUGGCUUCCUGCCUCAGACCACCCCUUUUUUUUUCAGUUGAACAGGCAACUCUGCCUCCUUGGUGUUUUAGUCACCUGUUGAAAAGGCACUGGGGUCUGUGUGAUUUCCCUUGUAGCAACCCACUGCGCUGGCUGAAACAGUCACGCUGAGAUUCCUGGCACUUUUCUGCCCUGGAAUCUCCUGGCCUGGCUCCCUGUUUCAGUCCCCUUUUUUUAUCAGUUGAAUGGGUGACUCUGUCUAUCAAGAGCUCCAAUCACCAGCUAAAACAGCCCUGGCCCGGACCUGUGUAUUUUGUGUAGAGACCAGUGUACCGCCCAAAACAGCUGCUCUGGCCAAAACAAAAAAAAAGUGGGAGACUUUAACACUCCACUGUCAAUAUUAGACAGAUCAAAGAGACAGAAAAUUAACAAGGAUAUGCAGGGCUUGAACUCAGAUCUGGACCAAGCAAACCUAAUAGACAUUUACAGAACUCCUCACCCCAAAUUCAAAGAAUAUACAUUCUUCUCAGCACCACAUCACACUACUCUAUAAUUGACCACAUAAUUGGAAGUAAGUCACUUCUCAGCAAAUGCCAAAGAAUGGAAAUCAUAACAAACAGUCUCUCAGACCAUAGUGCAAUCAAAUUAGAAUUCACAAUUCAGAAACUAACUCAGAACCACACAACUUCAUGGAAACUGAACAACUGGUUGUUGAAUGUUGACUGGAUAAACAAUGAAAUGAAGGCAGAAAUAAAGGUGUUCUUCGAAACCAACAAGAACAAAGACACAAUGUACCAGAAUCUCUGGGACACAUUUAAAGAAGUGUCUAGAAGGAAAUUUAUAGUAAUAAAUGCCCACAUGAGAAGCAAGGAAAGAUCUAAAAUCGACACCCUAUCAUCAAAAUUGAAAGAGCUAGAGAAGCAGGAUAAAAAACUCAAAAGCUAGCAGAAGAUCAGAAAUAACUAAGAUCACAGAAGAACUGAAGGAGAUAGAGACACAAAAAACCCUUCAAAAAAUAAAAAAACCAGGAGCUGGUGUUUUUUAAAAGAUUAACAAAAUAGACCACUAGCCAGAUUAAUAAAAAAGAGAAGAGAGAAGAAUCAAAUAGAUGAAAUUAAAAAAAGGGGAUAUUACCACCGAUUCCACAGAAAUACAAACUACCAUUAGAGAUUACUACAAACAACUCUGUGCACAUACACCAGUAAAUCUGGAAGAAAUGGAUAAAUUCCUGGACACUUCCACCCUCCCAAGCCUAAACCAGGAAGAAAUCAAAACCCUGAAUAGACCAAUAAGAAGGGCUGAAGUUGAGGCAGCAAUUAAUAGCCUACCAACCAAAAAAAAGCCCAGAUCUAGAUGGGUUCACAGCCGAAUUCUACCAGACAUACGAAGGGGAGCUGGUACCACUCCUUCGGAAACUAUUCGAAACAAUCCAAAAAGAGGGAAUUUUUUCCAAAUCAUUUAAUGAGACCAACAUCAUCCUGAUACCAAAACCCAGCAGAGACUCAACAAGAAAAGAAAACUUCAGGCCAAUAUCCAUGAUGAACAUAGAUGUAAAAAUCUUUAAUAAAACACUGGCAAACUGAUUGCAACGGCACAUCAAAAAGCUUAUUUAUCAUGAUCAAGUAGGUUUCAUCCUGUGGAUGCAAGGCUGGUUCAACAUACGCAAGUCUAUAAACGUAAUCCACCACAUAAACAAAACCAAAGACAAUAACCACAUCAUUAUCUCAAUUGAUGCAGGGAAGGCCUUUGGCAAAAUUCAACAGCCCUUUAUGAUGAACACUCUCAGUAAACUAGGUAUUGAUGGAACAUAUCUCAAAAUAAUAAAAGCUAUUUAUGUUAAACCCACAGCCAAUAUCAUACUGAAUGGGCAAAAACUGGAAGGAUUACCUUUGAAAUCUGGCACUAGACAAGAUGCCAUCUCUCACUACUCCCAUUCAAUAUAGUAUUGGAAGUUGUAGCCAGAUCCAUCAGGCAAGAAAUGGAAAUAAUCUACCCAUCUGACAAAGGGCUAAUAUCCAGAAUCUACAAAGAACUAUAACAGAUUUACAAGAAAAAACAAACCCAUUCAAAAGUGGGUGAAGGACAUGAACAGUCACUUUUCAAAAGAAGAUAUGUAUGCUGCCAACAAAGAUAUGAAAAAAUGCUCAUCACCUCUGGUCAUUAGAGAAAUGCAAAUCAAAACCACAUUGAGAUACCAUCUCACACCAGUUAGAAUGACGAUCAUUAAAAAAUCUGAAGACAACAGAUGAACAGGUUGUCGAGAAAUAGGAACACUUUUACACUGUUGCUUGGAGUGUAAAUUAGUGCAACCAUUGUGGAAGACAGUACAGCGAUUCCACAAGGACCUAGAAAUAGAAAUUCCAUUUGACCCAGCAAUCCCAUUACUGGGUAGAUAUACAAAGGAUUAUAAAUUGUUCUACUAUAAAGACACAUGUUCAUUGCCGCACUGUUUACAAUAGCAGACCUGAAACCAACCCGAAUGCCCAUUGAUGAUAGACUGGACAAGGAAAAUGUGGCAUAUAUACACCAUGGAAUACUAUGCAGCCAUAAAUGAUGAUGAGUUCGUGUUCUUAGUAGGGAUAUGGAUGAAUCUGGAAACCAUUAUUCUCAGCAAACUGACACAAUAACAGAAAAUCAAACACUGCAUGUUUUCACUCAUAGGUGGGUGUUGAACAGUGGGGACACAUGGACACAGGGAAGGGAGCAUCACACACUGGGGUCUGUUGGGGGGAGUAGGGAGGUUGGGGAGGGAUAACAUGGGGAGGAACAUCAGAUAUAGGUGACCGGGGGAUGGAGGCAGCAAACAACAUUGCCGUGUAUGCACCUAUGCAACAAUCUUACAUGUUCUGCACAUGUACCCCAGAACCUUAAGUGCAAUAAUGUGUGUGUGUGUUUGUGUAUAUAUGUAUAUAUAAUUAAAAAAAUACAAACAAAACUGGAAAUUCGAUUAUGUAAAAAAAGUACUACAUUAGGAAUCUUUUUAGAGCUGAAGAAUUAAAACACACUUGACACGUUCUUAAUCUUCUAAUUAUAUUAAUUUAUGAAAUCUGGAACUGGAGGUUUACUUGUAUUUUUUUUCUACAUUGUAAUUAUACUAAUAAAUAUCUUUGACUGUGACCUUGGGAUUUAUAUUGCAGUAGGAAAGAUUUAUUAUAAGUCAAUGCUUUGGAAGAAAAAUGGAAUUAUUGCAUAAGUGGUUUACAUGUUAUGCAUAUGCACUUGCAUACCAUUUGUUCCAGUUAGUUUUGAGCUUUAACUUGUCUUCAGUUUUUCUUUAAAAAACAGAGGGUUCUUAUUAAAUUCAGACUCCUGACAGUUCUUUGUUAUAUUACUGAGUCAACUACAAAGCAACUACUUUACCUUGAAAUGUGCAAAAGGAAUCAAUAGGCUUACAAAACUGCCUUUUAAAAAAAUGUUUGUAAUGGUAUUUUCCUGAUAGCCUGAAUAUCAAUGUGUAUGACCUUUCUUGGUUUGUUUCUUUCUUUAGUUAUGUUGCAAUAUUAAAGUCCCUUAUAGUUAGA